GAAGUUCUGAAGGUAAAUUACAUUUGCAACACCUGCAGGAGCAAAGUCAUCUUUCUGUGUAGGAUUUGCCCACACCAGCCUUAGUGGCAUACUGAAACUUAACACACACUGUUGGGUCCUUUGAUUCUGUUUAACAAUCUACUUUUUUUGUCCAAGAAGUGUGCAUCAACACCACAAGACAAAUUAACAACUCCAUCUUGAAGCACAUUGUACUCAUUAUCUCAGAAUUACAUCCAAAUACCCUUGUGCAAUUUAUCUCCCAUUUUGAGACUUACACAUCUUGAAGGUUACAGGACUACUGUCAUUUCUGCUUCUGUUUUAGCAAUAUUUGAACAUGAAAACGUUCCGAUGCUACCUUUUACAAGUAUACAAGUAAACAAAGAGAAUACUGAAAAUAAACAUCACACUGAGUCUGACUUGAGACUAAAAAUGGAGUUGUCUGAACCAUCACUUCACACACUUAUUUUUUAGUCUAAACAUUUAAGGGCUUCACAACUCGGUGAAAAAUGAAAUGUUAGAGGGGAACAAUGUCAAAUUUAUCUUUGAAAUUCUUCAUCAGUCAUAUUUCAAAAGAUUAUAAAUAUAUAUGACUUUCUAAGCUAAUGGACAUGAAUUAAUCAUUUGAUACAGGACUAGUUCUACACAUUGCUUUGCUUGUGUGGAGACAAGUAAAGAAGAAAAGCAUAAUAUGCAUUUCAUUUUAUCCAUGCAUGAGUUAAUAAAGGAAGAACACAGACAUCUAACUGCACAAUUUGCAGAGUGUGUGUGCAGCAGGGCACAACACAGGGGAGGGGAAAAGUGCAGACAAAAACGCAACAAAUUGGCAUAUUUCAGUGUCUGAUAGGCAUGGGCAUAAAUCUCAUCUACUUCUCCCUUGACAAAAGGAUGCAAGCUAUUCAGGGGCCAGGAAUUUCCUGCAACUAUCUCAUGCAGCACAGGCUCUUUCUCCACACCAAUUUUAUCCAAAUUGCCUUCCAGUUGCGUCACUGAGACCUGCUGAGGAAGGAGGGCUCCCAGGCGGCCUCCCACCAGCAGGAGGUCAGGAGAGGGCUGCAAACAGCUGCAGCACAGGAGCCGCAGGGAUGGGCGCCUACCAAAGGACACUGCCACCAGUGACGGCGUGACUGAAGCAGACUCGGACCCCUUCAAAUAAAACACUGUUGGCAAUUUGGAAACAGAAAUAACAGCAGUGAAUAGCUGUGGUGAAAUAUCUAUGCAUGGCUCAAAUACUCAUGGUGAAGCAGGGUGUAGCGAGCCUGAAGUUCUACCACUGGAGAGGAAAGGGGCAUAUAGGUGGAGCAUGCAGGGAAAGCCUAGCCAGGCAUGCAGAGAACUUGCUAGAGACCUGUAAUGAUAUACAAGUGGAUUUCCCCUCCCUCCUCCCCCCCCUCCAGAAGAAUUAUUAAAGCCUGAGGAAGUUAAAAACCAUUAUGAAAGACAGGUAAGCUUUUUAACCAUCUGAAAUUGAACAACGCACAAAGCUAUAUGCUUGUAUGUCCUCUGAACAAGCCUACAUGUAGCUGAAGUCUCAUCACCAUCCUCUGGAAGGGCCUAAGAACACUAUUUUAACCUGUAUUGAAAAAUCCUUCCCCUUUCCAUAAGGAUGCUUUCACACAGCUCCCAUCACACCCACCUGCAGGCAGCAGGGCGGCCUUUGGGUGGUGCUACAUCAAAGCACCUCUCCCUCCUAAUUUGUUUAAUUCAGACAUUUUUGGAGGCGGAGAGAUGUUUUAAUCAUAUAAAUUAUGCUAUAAAAUGCAAUGAGGUAUUCCAGAGAAGUGGAAACACCUGAUUUUCCCUCUGACAGAAAGAACUUUUUAUCACAGCAACCUGAAGAGAUGCUUCUCCUACUUGCCUAAGAUUUUAACAAGUCAAGUUGACAAAACUACAUUUCGCCACCAGCGAUACUUCCCCCACACUGAAGUCACUCUGUCUACUGUGCUGUGGAAGAUAAAAAUAUAAGAAGAAGAAAAAAACCCACCUCUUUAAAGAUAAUGCUUAGCAUCCAGCACAGUCUUAUAGCAAUAACUGGUGCUGACGAUGAGCAGAAGUUUCUGAUAGAAACGGUCUGCUUUUAACCCCCAGAGCUUUUAACUCUGUUCUCCUAAUUUGGAGAUGUGACACGAGGAGCAGCUGCACGUGGCAUAUGCCCACAAGCAGAACAACUGAAAUUAAAGGAUGAAUCUAUCGUUUAUUGCACCUCGCUGCUUUUAAUCCAGCAUUCCUUCCGCAUACACGAUUCUAUAUCUACUACCAAUAGCUCCAUCCCGAGGAAACAGAAUUACCAUAGCCAGAUUCAUCUUUAUUCUUCAGAAAGUUACGUCUUACGAAGUAAAGACAUCAAAAGUCAAUUGAAAAUGAAGACAAUACGAAAUUUUAACAAAGGUUUCUUUUUAAGCAGUAAAAAUACAGAACAAGUGAUGACAACUUUGCUGGAUAUUCUAGCAUACUACCCAAACCGCCAGCUAAAUAUUUCUAUUCACGUCUGGCAGACACUCUCUCUCACUUUGGCUCUAACGAGCUCUAUUCCAAAGAAGUUUAUCUUACUUUUAAACGAACGUGAAUUGAUUCACACUUCACCAAGGACCCAAACGGCAGGCUGAGCCUGCUGAGCACUGAGCAGCUCAGGAGUGUAAUGGUCAGUGACGUCCCAGGGUUAGAUCACGCUCUUUUCUGGCCUUAAACUCAAUGACUCUAUUACUCAGUUAUCUAGCUAAUGUCCACAGAAGUGAAACCUAUUUCCAUUUUAAUGAAGAAAUACGCAAACUUAGAGAUGAUACACAUAUUUGACUGAAAGUUGGAAGGUAUCAAAAAAAAACAUUCACAAUAAUAAGAAGCAGCUGCAAGUAGAAAGAUUUAAAGUAACAGCCCCCACACUUAAAACAGCAUGCUAAUCAGAGCGUUUCUGUGGCAGCAGAACUUUGCAGGGUUAACUGUGCUUCUGACCAGAGAGAGGCAGAGAGAGCGAUCGCGCACAUAUGCACGCAUGCUGCCCUGCGUACAGUUAGGAUAUUGUAGGAGGAAGGGCUGUUAGCAAGAUCUGCAGAUCCUUACACAGCUACAAGAGGCAUACGUUAUAGGGCUGGAGCACUGAAUCAAUUAAUGCUCGCUGGCUCUUUUCCAGCCGAGCCCCCACUCACUAAGUUCCCUCCUUCCAAGCGCUGGAGCUGCAUGCACUGGAAUGAGUCGGUCAGCAAACAAUGGGUAGCAGCAGACUGCAAGUUUUGCUAAUGAACAAAGAAAACUGCACUGAGACCGUGCUAAUCACAUAAGUAAAAUCAUCAAGACAGUAGAAGAGGAAGGACAGAAGAAAAGGACAUCCUUUCUUUAUCUUUUUUAAAUGCAGCAAGAAUGAUUCUUUUCCUGCAUUCAAAAACCAGAGAAAGUGCCUGGGUAAGGAAGACAGCUUUCCUCAAAGAGAAAUUCUUCAUCUUGGUGUUAAAAGAAACGCUAAGUGCUAAACAAACACACAACAAGAGACAUUCGUUUGAAAAAUAAGAGACAAAUGAAUGAGCAACCGGCUUUCUAGAAAACAGCGAAAAACCUCAUCUUAAAGUCCACCAUGUGAUGAAAACGAAGAACAAAUCACAGAGUAUCUUCCUGGAUACAAGUGAACUCCACUGAAACACAAGAGAAAAAGCAGUGAAAGAUGGGAGCUAAUGAACUGCUUACUAUUCUCAGGCAUUGAAUUCUCUUGUACAAUCUUCUAAGAGCUGAACCUCGCUAUAUGGGGACGUCAAACCUUCAGCCCUAACAGCCAGAGAUGGACACAAGACAGGACUUGGGUUUUUAAGACCUCAACACACCCAGUAAGGCACGGGAUAAAAAAAAAUUGGAUCCAAGCUCUGACAUGGUUACUGUACCUCAAAAUAGCAGAUGACCAGUUUACCAUACUGACCAUGCUGGCCUUUCUUCAGGACCAUCUUGGAGCAGAGAGGCACACUGAACUCUUGCACCGUACACGAUUCCUGCACAAAACACAGCUCUCGGACACAUCCUGCUGGGCACAAAGAUGCCCCAUCCUUCACAUUUCUUGAACGGGUCUGGAGCUGGCAAUGGAUCUUUGUCACCUCUCUCGGUAACAGAACCCAAAGAGAACUACUCGAACGAUGAGCAAGGAAACAAAGUGCACUGGGCUGCACUGCUGAUCCUGCUGGUGAUCAUCCCCACCAUCGGUGGGAACAUCCUGGUCAUCCUGGCGGUGUCCCUGGAGAAAAAGCUGCAGUAUGCCACUAACUACUUUUUAACAUCCUUGGCGGUGGCGGAUUUGCUGGUGGGACUGUUUGUGAUGCCGAUUGCCCUUCUCAUAAUACUGUUUGACAACGCCUGGCCUUUUCCAACUGCCUUGUGUCCCAUUUGGCUGUUCCUUGAUGUCCUCUUCUCCACAGCCUCCAUCAUGCACCUCUGUGCCAUAUCACUAGACCGCUAUAUUGCGAUUAAAAAGCCCAUCCAGGCCAGCCAGUACAACUCAUGGGCUACAACAAUCAUCAAAAUCAUCAUUGUUUGGCUCAUUUCAAUAGGCAUUGCUAUUCCAGUCCCUAUCAGAGGAAUUGAAGAUGGAAACGGAAACUCUACAAAUAUUACAUGUCUUCUGAUGCCUGAUCGCUUUCACGAUUUCAUUCUGUAUGGAUCAGUGGCUGCAUUCUUCAUUCCACUCGCUAUCAUGAUAGUCACUUACUUUCUGACAAUUCAAGUGCUACGCAAGAAGGCCUAUUUGAUCAACAAGCCACCUCAACGUCUCACUUGGUCAACAGUGUCCACAGUAUUUCAACGCGAUGCUACACCUGCCUGCUCACCAGAAAAGGUGGCCAUGCUGAAUGGCUCUAGAAAAGACAAGACUCUGACCAACGAUAUGCCCAUCUGUAGAAUGUCUACCAUUGGGAGGAAAUCCAUGCAAACCAUAACUAACGAACAAAGAGCAUCAAAAGUGCUUGGAAUUGUAUUUUUUCUUUUCUUGUUGAUGUGGUGCCCAUUCUUCAUAACUAACAUAAGUUCAGUCCUGUGCCACUCGUGCAACAAGGAAGUUUUUCAAAAGCUCAUGGAGAUAUUUGUUUGGAUAGGAUAUGUAUCCUCAGGAGUGAACCCUCUUGUCUACACACUCUUCAACAAAACAUUUAGGGAGGCUUUCAGCAGGUAUAUCACUUGCAACUAUCGGACCACAAAGACUGGCAGGGUCCUUCGGAAGUGUUCCAGCAGAAUCUCUAUCAGAAAUUCUGUGACAGAAAAUUCCAAGCUCUUUGUUAUGCAUGGGAUGAGAAAUGGGAUUAAUCCCAUUAUGUACCAGAGCCCAAUGAGGCUGAGGAGCUCGCCCAUCCAAGCAUCAUCAGCCAUUCUGCUGGAUACACUGCUGCUCACAGAGAACGAAGUUGAUAAAACAGAAGAACAAGUAAGCUAUGUAUAGUGGAAUGACAGCUGUGACCACAUCAUAGUGUUACCAUCUCUAUUACUCUAGGUGACUGUGCUAUAAGAGGUUGUAAGUACUAUUGUUUCAUUUAUGCAAGCAAUAUCUUAUGAAUUUAUAAAGAAUUCUUCUCCAAAGUCUCCUCUACUAUAACCCCAAACCCUACAGUGGCAACUUCAUUCCAUGAUAAACAAUGACUAUAGCAAAACUGUAUCAUACAGAAAGAGGGAAAUAAAUAAAAGCUAAAUCAGUGCAAGUAUCUGACUUCAGUCCUCAUCAUCUUCAGCCUCUUGAUUUAAACCCAUGGAGUUUUUCUCUGCUUAGACAGCACACAAACAUACUGAACUACUUCCUAUAGUUCUCUCUGUUGACACCGUAGACUCAAGUACGAGCUUUUCUUGUGUGCUGGGGUAUCAGAAAUGAAAUCAUGAGCUCCAGAUACCAAAAGGCACACCAACAAACCAUAAAACCUGUUUCCAAGAGAGUUUAAAAAAAAAAACAAACAAACCAAAAACAAAAAACCCAAAACAUUCCAUGGUGGAAAUCAUCGCAUUGCAUUUUUUUCCAUAGGGAUGGAGACCAUAAUCUCUUUCGCACCUGAAUUUCAUCUCCAUUACUCUCACAUAUAAACAUGCUUGGCACUGUCAAAUUUGUCAGAGAAAACUGCCCUUCGUUCUUUUCAUACUAAGAAAAUGAGUACGUAACGAAAAUAGGGCCAUAACACAUCAAUAACUAAAACAGGACAGGCAGUGCCUGGAACAUCACUUUAUUUUGUGGCUUUUAUAAUUCCAAUAAAAGCUUUCCCUAAUCCAGCAUCAUUCACACAAAAUAGAAAAGUUACAGAUAAAAUUGCUAGCUCAUUUGAAACUGAAAACAAGUGUCUAAGAAGCAACAGCAGUAUCAAGACCAGUACACACUGACAGUUCUGUUCUACUAAAAAAAAAAAGUUUCAUUGGACCAAUGUAAUAAGAUUAGAGGUCCCAGGCUGCACUCUGAAACAUCAUAAUGGCAAAUCAAGUCUUCCAUUAGAGCACAAAAAUGAAAGAAAGAAUUGUUUUUUGCAAUCCAGAAAAGUUAACACUGUCUACUGCCUAGGAAAUCUGAAGCAUCUGCUGUUCCCAAACCAUAUCUCUUUAGGCAGGAGGUCAGAUCUCCCCAAGGUGCUGCAGUUCUUACAGUAAGCAGCCAGUUUGCUAUUUUUUUUCCCCCACAGUUUCCAUUUACAGUAAAAUUUUCAACCCAGGCUUUUUUUUUUUCAUAUUUAAUAUUUUCAGAGCUCUUCAGUUACACAAAUUAUGUACAGCAAAAAGCUUAGGUAUUUUUUCGUCUAUGGAACAGAAAGUACUAAAGAUAACAUGUCCUUCCAACAUUUAUUUAUAUAUAUUUAAUUUAAAACACAUGCAAGUUCGAAACAGAGCCUGAUGUAACAAAUGCCAGAGAGCUCCAGGAGAAAGUAUUAAAAAUAUCUCCACAGUACUUACAGUAAUCUUUCUCCUUCCUACCCUUUUUGGUGAUAGCCACUGAAGUUAGAAUAAGCUCUUAACUGCUCUUACUUCUCUUUCAGUAGCCAAAAUUUAGGAGGAUCCUGCAGUUAAAAGCCAGAAUGGAUCGACAAUUAUGGCUGUGGAAGAUUCCUGUAUCUAAAAGUAUUUAAGAAUCAAAAGCCUUUCAUUACAUCUAAUUACUUUCAAGUCCUAGGGGAAAGGGUGUAGGAAUAAAACAAAGCAAAGCAAAGUCCCCAGACUUGUAUUCUCAGAGAACGAUGGCAGGGGUGUCCUAAAGAUGGGAAGCGAACUGGAUUAAUAAUCCCAACAUCAGCAACAAUUUAAAGCUUCCCUUUCCAGCAGGAACAUCACAAAUAGCUAUUCAGCAUCAGGAAAGAACAAGAGGUAACUUAGUCCUCUUCUGCCUGACCCUGUUCUUGUUCACCCGUCUGUCUCCAGGUAGCAAUAACAGUAGGAGUAAUUAGCCAUAAGCGUCCCUUAGAGGAUGAUUGUAAGACCUCUUUGUAAUCUAUGGUUAGAUUCCAAAAAACAGGAAACAAUCCCCAAGAAGACGUAUUUUGUCAAGCCAGCUCAACUUCAAUAACCAGAAAUAGACUCUCAGCAUAUUCCAGCUACUGAACGUAGUCAGCAGCAAUACUUAAACUGAGUCAUAAACCUCAAAAGGACUCCAGACUAACCAAAAGCCCAGUCUUCCUACCAUAAAAAGUAUUUCUCCAUGCAUAGAAACCCAACAGGAUGAAAACACGUGUUCAAUUCAGAACAAGCUAAACGCUGAUGGACCAGCAAAUUCUAUUCACUGGCUGUAAAAAUCUAUUCUCUCAUGGUUGCUACUGCUUUGCAACAUGCUGCCAGUCAUUCAGAUAAGCACUAAUCCAUGCUAAGUGGUGAAUGUUGAAAAUGGGUAGAUUUUAUUUCUUUCACAACAUGAUAGAAAAUUUAAUACUGCAAUUCCUAGGCAAAAAGAAAUAACCUAGACUAGAACAUCCCUUCCAAAAUGGCAGCCAAACCUCAACACAUGAAUUCUGAAGAACUAAGUAGCCACACAUUCUUUCGUUGGCUUUUCCAGUAAAUGAAAAGGACACACAAAAUUCUAAAUAAAUAAAUAGCUUAAAAUAUUAAAGUUAAGACAAAAUAUUGUUGCAUUAAAUGUUGUCAGAUUUUACUAUAUUAUGUUCUAUCACAUUUUAUUCUGUUACUGCACUGCUCCAUUCACUCUAGUCCUAGGAGUCAAGCUGUGCUCUUGCAUGCAUACAGUGCAGUACAAUGCACUGGCAAGGGAGACUCACAUUGUAAGCAAGCAGCAAAAAGCUUUACAGAAUGCUGUUAUGCAAACAUAUUCUAUUACCUAAAAAUAACUGUGUGACAUUUUAUAACACUUUUAGUUCAAAUCCAAAAAGAAUGUUUAUUCAGACAGCUGUAACAAAAGGAGAAAAUAAACUGGGUAUUUCUGACACAGAUUUGUGGACUCCAGCUGUCAGGAACUGUCACAUUCACCCGUGGUGCUUUGAAGGAAAUUAUCACCUUCUGACUGCACAGCUCCACCUUUAUUGGGUGAUAUUACUCCUAUCAGAGGCACCAAGAGAAGCCCAAGUCUGUGCAUUCCCUAAGUGCUGCUGUGCAGAUGAACUUACACCUCCAGCAGGCUCAAUCCCACAGCAACAGCAAGCAUUCCUUAAGAGAAACACAGACCACAUUAAACAUGCUUGCUGUCCUGUUUUGAUACCAAAUUCACAAUUCCCUUUCUGGAAUCAGAAAAAAAAAUAAAAGAAAAUUCAGUGAGACCUCUUCUCACAGGAGCUUCAGCCACGUUCCUUUAUCUCAGAUGAGUUUCACCCAAGCCAGGGCCUAGCCCACUGCACUGCACAGGUGCUCACCUCCCAUCACAAGACACUUCCUUCACAAGCUCUAUACAUCCAGCAACUCUCAGAUUGCUGACCAGUAUGGGGCACACUACUGAUGGCAUUUAGCACAAGUAAAUCCAAUUAGACUUCAACAAACAACAGUCCUAAGAAGGAGAUGUCAUUUUAGUCAUGAAUUCUGACACUUAUCAGCCUGUUUGUUCUUUGUGCCUCUGCAUGCCUGCAAUUUUGACAUGGGAUGGCACACACCAUUAGCACCAAGUAACAGUUUUCAGUGCACAAGAAAGAUAAUGCAAAAUCAGCCUGCAGAUCCCUAUACAGAUGGUUAAUAUUUCCUUUCAGGCAAUGAAACACAGCUUUUGGUUUAUGACAGAGUGAUGCAGUGGCAAUACGUGAGUCCCUCGAUGCAGAAAAUCCCUUCCAUUGCUGCAUGUGAUUGCAGGGGUCAAGGCUAGACAAACCAAGGAAUACCUUCCAGAACCACAUCAUAAAGCAUAACAACUGAUUAUGCACUUUGUGAGAGUUAGCAAAUGAAAAGACUUAAUUAUUACAACAGUCUAACAUAAGCUUUUUGUCUAUAGAAGCCAAUGAUAACCUGCUAAAAUCUUAAUCCUUUCUUAUCGAGCAACAUGGAUAUUGGAACUGUUUUUACAAGAAAAUGUUCCUCCCUAUUGUUCAGGCACGUUUUGGACUGUAUUCCUCCAUGGAAAAAAAGAAGAAGUGGUAGAAUAAGAUCUCUAUCAUUGCACAACAGGUUAAAGAUUCAGAAGUUAAUGUAAUUCAUUUCCUCAUUGCUGACUGAAGAGAACAGACCCAGAACUAUCAGUUAAAAUUCAUAACUUAAGGCAGCUUACACAUACUUAGGGCUAACACAGUGCUGUAUCUGCAAACAGAAUCGAGAGUGAAUAAGAUGAGGUUCCAGAUUUUCAUGUAUCUGGCUAGUUUUUAACCAACUAUUAAGUCCUUGCUUUCCUCAUUCAUUCAGAGAGAAAAUCUGAAGAAGCAGAUAGGCUGCAGCGCUCCAAGAAACCCGAUAUAUGGUGUAGGUCAGAGCCCUGACAGCUUCUUGCUUUGGUAGGCAGCUAUCUAUACCCAGUUAUGCUUUGCAUCUGUUGAGAACAAAAAUGAUAUUGCAAUCAGAGAUCAAAAGUGCUCCAUUGUGACCUGCUUGGAAUAAAGAUGCCUGCCACUAGGGAAGGCCUGUGUGUGUAGUUUUCCUUCUGUCCACCGAUGCAGAAGCCAGUUUAACAGGUCCUUUGGCUUCAGGAGAGACACAGCUCGCUAUGCAGCAAGGACUGAUCUGUGCUCAGGAGAGCAACUUAGCAGAAGCUCUUGAGAGACGACUGCUGACGCCUGCUGACCACAAUCAGAACAUGCUUCAGACAAAUCAGAACAGAGCAGGAUAACUUCUGUGUAAGAACUUGGUUAAAGACAAAUUGACUGGUGGCAUUAGUUCUGAUAUUUCUGAAUAUCAGCUUUCAGCAUCUGUCACUGGCUUGUUAUAAGAUGAAUUUACAGACUGCCACUAACGCACAGAGGAUGUGAACAAAGAUUUCAGAAAAUAUCCAUUGAAAAUUACAGCCCUGGACCCAGGUAUGCACCUCCUCCUCUCAGACAUGCUGAAAGGCUACUGCUUGGCUCAGAGCUCAGACCGUGCAAAUUCCUGCAUUAACAGAUGAAGACAGCUGAGUUUCUGGGGGAGCUUUCCAAUUUCCCCAGUGAUUAAAAAAACCACAGUGACAAUAAACACAUUCCCCCCAAAAAACACAUACAUAAAAACACCCUGAAAACCCCAAACCUACCAAUCUUCCUACUUAGAGAACUGCAGAGCACUACUUCAAAAUACCACUACAGUCACAGAUUUCACUUAGACACUCAAAGCAAGCACCAGAAUUAUUUUGUAAGUCCAGUAAUCCGUCAGGGUUUAA